UUCGAUGUGUAUCCCUUGCAAUUAAGUAACCCCUUCAUUGAGAACUCUGUCGAAAGCCCUUAGCGCCAUCUUGCGAGGAUAAAAUGCACUUAUUGCCACGCUGCAUUUUCUGUGCAAUGCAAAGUUUUUAUUAUGCCAUAAUGUUUCAGUUAUGUUUAUUUAUAUAUCUCAAAUUAUUUAUAUAUAUCAAACUUUGUGAAUUACCAUGUUUGUGGCCUAAAUUAAGCAAAUUUACAUGAGGUAGUGGAAAUGCAUGUAAAAGGAUUGGCAACACUUAUGUAUAUGUAUGGAUUAGAGACAGGUAACCCUGGUUUUCGAGUUUUGUGGGGCAUUUUUGUAAAGUAGUCGGAGGCGCUUUUGGACGAACGUCGACGUCGGCAGCCAUUUCGAUUUGUGUUCAGUGCGUGGAGUGGUGAAAGCAAUUUUCACCGAGAGGAGCGCGCUGCAUUUAGUUGUUUUAACGUUUGGACUGUGGCAAAGACUUUUUAGUUGGUAAGACACCCGCGAUAGCAGAUAAGCAAGGAAGAAAAAUGUCAGCUCCCACGUGUUAUAAGUGCAACCGUCCAGGCCACUUUGCCCGCGACUGCAACGCCGGUGGUGGUAUGGUAGGAGGAGGAGGAGGAGGAGGCCGUGAUAUGAGACGCGGAGGUGCUCGCGAAAAGUGCUACAAGUGCAAUCAACUUGGUCACUUUGCGCGUACAUGCCCCGAGGAAGCAGAACGCUGUUAUCGUUGCAAUGGAAUUGGGCACAUCUCGAAGGAGUGUUCACAGGCUGACAAUCCCACUUGCUAUAAGUGCAACAAGCUUGGUCACUGGGCGCGUAAUUGCCCAGAAGCUCUUAACGAUCGAAAUGUUAGCAACAUUUCAUGCUAUAAGUGCAACCGCACAGGCCACAUUUCCAAGCACUGUCCGGAUACAGCGAAGACAUGCUACGGCUGCGGCAAGAGCGGCCAUCUGAGACGCGAAUGUGACGAGAAAGGGAGCCGCAAUUAAGUAGCGGCAUGACUUCGUAUACUACACAUACACUACAAUUGCAACCAACUUAUAACAAAAAAAAAAUAAAAGAAAAAACAUAAAACAAAAAUUAAACUCACACUCUCCUUCCUUAUAAAACCUAUUUUCAAUACAAAAAAUUUUCUAUUUCCGAUUUGAGCGCUUAUACGGCUCUUUGUAGCAAAUUGCGCAGAUAUAUUGAAGCGGAACUGCGUUUAAGUAAUCCUGAGGAAUUGAAAUUGUUUGUUGUCGAUCGAAAUUGAGAUUUAUUGCUGCUUCAUAUUCAUCUCCUCCAGUGAACAUACACAGUCCAACCACGUACAACACCACAUCAUCAUCAACAUCACCUUCAUUUAAAGUGAUCUGACUUAGCUAAUUAACUGGGCUGAUACGAUUAAUGUUGACACAAUGCAUUUUUGUUUUUUUUUGCUGUAAGGAGCCGGGUGUCAGGCCCAGUUGAAGGAGCGGAGUAUAUAGCAGUCCGGAGUAACCCCAAGAAAGAAUAUAACAAAGAAGAGCAAAGAAACCCAACUCAGAAGCACGAACCUUCAAAAUAAAAUUUCAAAUAUCACUGUGAUUGUUUUUUAAUUGUAAAUUAAAAUACUGGAGCUGCUGAUUUGAGAACAAAA